ACGUUAAUAUUUCUUGGCAUAAAUUAUGUAUUUGAUUGUAUUCCAUGAAUCAGAAAUGAUUGAUUAUCGUUGUGAGUUUGUUUCUUGUGAUUCGAUCAUGUAAGUUGCAGGCGUUKUAGCUGGCUUACCCGCUUACUGUGAGGCACUGAGGCGUGACUGCGUGAAUCUAUGACUACAGAAUAGAAAAUAAUUCAUGACGCUAAUACUAAUUUAUUUAAGUUUUUGAGCUUUAGCCGAGAUACUACUAAGUUAUAGCUUCAAAUUUAUACUUUUUACUACACAAAUCGACGUCAUCCAGAAGUUGGACGGAUUUUUUAAAAAUAUCAUCAAAUUGGUUGCAUGACUUAACGUAUGCAAUGGCGUGUAAUUAAAUACAAUUUUGAGUAAUCACGUGCUACAUAGAUGGUAACACUUUGUCACCAACGUAUUAAAUAUUAUACAGAACACGGCACGACUGUGUGAAACACUUAUAACUUUGGUUCGAUGUGGAAAGAAGAAUUGAGAAAUCCAGAUUUACGAUAAAUCGGUCAAUGAGUCUCACACUCCCACAUCAAAAUCGCGGUGGAGCCGUUUUGACCGUUGGUAUAGACCACCCCGAGAUGGCGAUAUCCCACCAUCGCAGUAACCAUAUCAAAGAAUUCUACAAAAAAACAGCGGCGACUGCGACACUAAAGUUGUACGGUUCAUACUGUUYAUAGAAAAGAAUAGAUGCCUAACAAAAUUAUACACUCCACAAUUAUUAACCACUUCGUCGACUACCUGAUAGGCUGAUAAAGUGAUAAGGACAUUAUAAAUGAUAAUCCGCUAAUACGCUAUUUCGCUUUGCACUGCACACUGCACAGUUAGUAGACGCUCCACGUUCGACAUACUAUUAAGUUCGAGCCUUCGAGGCUUCAGCAGUUCAGCUGCUGAAGUGCCGACUACCGAGUCCGAGUGUGGCCGUGUCGCGAGUCGCGAGUCGCAUGUGGCUUGUGCGCCCGCGUCGGAACCGCUGGUCGUGCGUGCGUGAGUGAGAACCGAGUGCGCCGGCGCGAGUGUGGUGUGCCUGUGUGCGUGUGCGCGGUACGUGUGUGAUUGUGUGAGGUGCGCGCGCGGAGUGUCGUCCGUACUACGACUACUACGUGCACAGUGCUCACCGAAGACCGAGUGUUACAUUAUACUUAUAUCGGUUUGCCCACCGGUUAUCGCGUAUUACCCGCCGUGCGCCGACGGGUCGACUUUACGCGAUUGCCGUCGUAACAACUAGCAACUUAAGUUUUGCCGGUCGCGGACGGGCCGCGCGUGUGACGUUAGAAUGACCGGUUCGUCACCACUCACCACCACCGCAUCCUCCGAAACGUCACCGUCCCGCCACCGUCCGCUGUCGUCGUAUCCGCCGUUCUUUGCCGCCGUGGAGAUGACGCGCACCGUAGCGUAAAAGCCGCCGCCUCGCCGGUCGCCCGACAUCCGUCGUCGUUGUCGUCGUCGUCGUCGACGUWAUAUAUUAAUGGCAUCGUUGCCGCAACCCAAGUUCGAACCCAAAGCCCCCGACAAAAGCUCGUCGGCGGCUGCGUGCGAAGUUCAAAAGAAAAUCCAAGAGACCGCCGACUGUUCGAACAACAACAAGUCCAAAUCAUUAUCACUGGAUUUAUCGAAUUUGAACACUGCUAGUUUUAAGUCCUUAUUAGAAGAAGUGGUCGCAUAUGAUACGGCUAAACAGACUAAAAGCGAAUUAUAUAACAAUCUGCUGGAAGAUGUGACUCAAAAUGGAGAAGAUGAUGUAAAACGACCAUUGCACAAUCAACGUUUAGUUGAYAGUCAGACUGAUCUUGAUAAGUUAUCAUCUAAAGACCAACACAUCAAGGAAAAUUCUUCUCUAGAAGCUUUUGAUUUGGCACCAGACUUCAAAAAGAGGCUCUCUGGUGUCACUACCAAAGUCAGCGCCCGUCAACUAGAGGGAGGUUCAUUGCCAAGUCAUGUUAAUCAUGCACAAGCUAUAUCUGUAUUGAUAAAUAAAAAAAAUACCCAAAACACUCGUAAGAAAAUCGCGGAAUCAUCAAAAAUGGCUAAAAGUGUGGAUAAAGUGGUUGAUCUUGGAGACUUUGGGUAUGAAGAAAUUCAGGUAAAAGAUAUGUCAAAUUAUACUAGUCAUGCAAGUUUGGAAAUCUGUCCUGGUAGAGAUGAAACUAAAAUAGAUGAUCGAUUUACUACACCAUUAUUGUGCAAGUUUCAAAAUGCAGAAUAUUUCUUGUUUUGUUUUUGUUUUUCAUUUUUAAUUGGCAUGCUUUUUAUAUUCUAUUUGGAAGUACUGCCACGGACUUCAGGUGAGGGCGAUCAAGACGUGAAAAAUGGUUUACAUCAGCCAGCUACAGUGGUAACGGAUUUUAAUAAAGAUGCACAAACGAUAGACCAUCAUUUGUUACACUUAUUUGGAGGCCAAAUUAAUUGCUAUCAAAAUCCUUAUAACGGAUUUUCACAACCAAUGAGUUUGCAUUUUUUAACACCAAAUGAUAACCUAGGAUUACAGACUACAUAUAAUAAUAAUAGGAGAAAUAAUACUGAAGAUACUAGUAAUACUGCAAUUAAAAGAAAUAAGCAAAAGAAGGAAUUAAAGAAGAGAGAUGAAGUUGUUCGCUCUGAAGAUAUUCAAGGAUAUCGAGGGGAUAAAAAUAUUGAUGAAAUCUUAAAGUUCAUUGGAGAUAAAAGUAGUGAUGGCAAAAAAAGUAAAGGUAGUAAGACUAAAAAUAAAAUAAAAAGUCGAAAUGGAAAAGGUUCUGAUGAUGAUUGUGGUAGGCCAAAAAAUGGUAAAAUGAAAAUGACCAAGUAUAAUAGUGUUGAAGAAGUAUCUACCACAGUCUUUCAACAUAUGGAUAGUUCAGACGAUGAGUCUAAAUCAAUUAAAAUAAGUAAAAAAAGUAAAAAAAAAGUACCAAAACAAAAUCAAUCUUCUAAGAAGUUUGCAUCUACUGAACAGAGACUUGAUGUUUUAUCAUCAGAGUCACAAGAUACAGAUUCUGCUGAUUUUUUGUUGGUUACCAAUAAACAGAGAAGAAAAAAACAGAAAUCACAAAAUAAAUUAAAUACAACCACUAGUAACUUUCCUCCUCAUGACUCAUAUUUAUUGUCACAGUACACACAACCUAAAAGUGUAAAAAAUAAAAAAAGAAGGAAAUCCACAUCUUCAAUGCCUCAUUCUGACAAAUCUGAAGACAACUCUGAUCUAGAUUCUGUACACUCUCUGCCUGCCUCAUCUACACCUUCUAAACAGCCAUCAUACAAAGACGCUCCUAAAACUGAUUUGACUAAACCAGCCUGUGUAGUUACCACUUCUGAAGAGUCAAUACCAACAGUUACUGUUGCACUUCCGCAACGAAAUACUGACAGCAUAGCGAGUAAUAUAAAUUACAAUAAUGAAUGUAUCAAUGGGGAUGUGCAUGUCACAUAUAUUGUGCAUGAACCCCAAAAAGCGGAUAUUGAGACCGCUAAAAAGACUGCCGUUUUAAACAAAGUUCCUGCAGCGGUCCCCCCACAGAGCGCCUCGCUGACUGUGCGUGUACCGUCAAAGAAAAAACAAAGCCCAAUUAUGUAUAAUAAGUAUGAGGUGGAUACAAGCCUGUCUUUUGGAUUUGAAAUUGACCAAAAUUUACUGUGUGAUAGUGCUAAUGAUUACUCACCUCCAGCACCAAUUCCUAUGCCUAUAGAGUACAACUAUAAAGAAGUGAUAUUGUUUAUCAAACAAGCUUGGCAAGAUGUUGAAAAAGAGAAAAUCAAUGGUAGAUCCAACAUUUUGGAAUACAAACGAGAUAACAGUGGUGUUCUAGGAGAAAUAUGAAAUUUUUGCCAAAUAAUGUUAUGAAUAAACAUAAUUUGUGUUCGACAACUAAUCAUAUUUUGUAAUAAAUGAUGAAAAAAAAAAUAGAAAAAAAUUCUACAGAAUUCGUUAAUAUUCUUCGAUACAUUUUUAUAUACCAUAGUAAUUAUUUAUGUAUGUAAUUUGUAUGUAUAUAUAUAUAUACAUAUUAAGAAACAGUGUUAAAAAUUACUCUUCUUGAAAAAAAAAACAAAAAACAUUAAUUUAAAAUGAUGACCUGUGUCACUUAAAAUAUUUCUUUUUCAGCAAAUAUUGUGUAUAUGAUUGUUAAUUUAAAAAGGUCAUUACAUUUUUUCUUUUGUUAAGUUUGUACGUUCAAGUUUGUUUCGCUUAUUUAAAAUUGAUAAUUAUAUUUUGAAGGCAACUAAAAGGCCACAAAGUUAAAUUUGUGAGUUAUUCAAGUUGUUGGUGGUUAACACGUCAAUAUUAACAUUUUUUUUUUUUUUUUUUGAUGUACUUACAACACUUAUUUGUUUCAAAACUUAAAAAUUGUAUUUGUUUACCUUACGAAUAAUUUUGUACAUCAUGUGUUAGGUUUUUGUUUCAGUUAUAUUUAUGUGUAACUCAUCUGUAAUAAACUGAUUUGAUAACAGAUAAUUUCAGGAAAU